CAAUGCACGGCACAGGAGAAGCGAGUAGUUUAAAAACAGGCGUGAUUGAUUUCACUGCCGGAUGUUUGGGUGGCGUUGCGCUGGUGUACGUUAGCCAACCGAUGGAUACGGUGAAGGUGAAAAUGCAAACAUUCCCGGGACUGUACAAAGGGCUUGUCAACUGUACGGUGCAAACGUUCAAGCGGGACGGCAUUGUGCGCGGUCUGUACGCCGGCACACUACCAGCGGUCGUUGCGAAUGUGGCCGAAAAUUCAGUAUUAUUUGCUGCGUACGGUGCGUGCCAGCAGGUCGUAGCGAGCACGACCAAAAAACCUUCCAUCGCCCAAUUGUCCACGCUGGAAAAUGCGACCGCCGGCUUUUUGGCCGCAUUCUUCUCCUCCUUCACACUCUGCCCGACCGAGCUGAUCAAGUGUAAGCUGCAGGCGUUACGGGAAACGGCCGGCAACGACGGUAAGCGCCGACCGACCAUAUCGUCGUACGCGCUCGUUAGCCAGAUACUGCGCACCGAAGGCAUACCGGGCAUGUUCCGGGGGCUAACGUCGACGUUUGCGCGCGAAAUGCCGGGAUACUUUUUCUUCUUCGGCGGGUAUGAGCAGACGCGCGAGUUUCUGGCACGACCCGGCCAAACGAAGGACGAGAUUGGCGCGUUACGGACGAUGGUGGCCGGUGCGGUUGGUGGGGUGGCCUUGUGGACCGUCAUCUUUCCGGCGGAUGUGAUCAAGAGCCGGAUACAGGUGUACAGUAUGCGGGCGAGCAUGACCCAGGUCGGGUUGGACAUUUUCCGCAAGGAGGGUGUGCUGGCGUUCUACAACGGGUUGCUACCGACGAUCGUGCGUACCAUACCGGCCACGGCUGUACUGUUCGUGGUGUACGAGUAUACGAAGAAAACGUUAACGAAGCUACUGGAGUAGC